GUGCAGAAUGUUCCAAUAUCAUAUUCUCUACAACAAAUUGAUCCUUUGUACUUUAAGAAUGAAGGGGAGUUUCCUGUAGGAGUAGCAAAGGAUACAAAUACAACUCUAAGUUUGAUCUAUGACAUAUUUAUUGAAUGUAACAGAG